UUUUUUCCUUAUUUUAUCAAGGAAGUAUGUGCAUUGUACGCAGCGCCAUUUCUGCUUAUCCUAUUCGAGCUUCCACUCCAAUGGCUACCUCUCCACUUCCCAUUCCUCUCAAUGUUACCAACACUCAUCAUGCCAUUGCCAACCCCUUUGUGCCAGAGUGCUGGUGGUGAAAGCAGUGGAUUCCUUGCAUUCAGAGUUCAGGGCUGUGGAUAAUUUGGUUGUGUGCAAUACCAACCGUGUCCUUAAAGCUUUCCAGAAUGCUCGAGUUGGAUCCCAUCACUUUGGUGGUUGCACUGGUUAUGGUCAUGAUGAGGCUGGGGGCCGUGGAGCUCUUGACCAGGCUUUUGCCAAAAUUUUUGGGGCAGAGUCAGCUAUUGUUCGUCACAGACACUCAUGCUAUCACCUGUGCUUUAUUUGCUCUCCUGAGGACAGGGGAUGAGCUUUUGGCAGUUGCUGGUGCUCCCUAUGACACGCUAGAGGAAGUAUUAGGGAAAAGGGAAUCUGGUGGACUGGGUUCCCUCCAAGAUUUUGGGGUGAAGUACCGAGAAGUUCCACUUGCUGAGGAUGGUGGACUUGACUGGAAUGCACUCAUGAGUGCUGUAAAACCCAAAACAAAAUGCGCACUCAUUCAGCGGUCAUGUGGUUAUUCAUGGCGUCGGAGUUUGAGUGUCAAUGAGAUAGGCAGGGCAAUAAAAAUAAUCAAGAAGCAAAAGCCCAGCUGCUCAGUUAUGGUGGACAAUUGCUAUGGAGAAUUUGUUGAAAGCAUCGAGCCUCCCAUGGUGGGUGCAGAUUUGAUCGCGGGCAGUUUGAUCAAGAAUCCAGGUGGAACGAUUGCUCCGUGUGGUGGAUACAUUGCUGGGAAGAAAAAAUGUGUUGAAGCAGCUGCAGCCCGUCUUUCUGCACCAGGACUUGGUGUGGAUUGUGGUUCAACCCCUGGUGAUAUCAUGCGAGCCUUUUUCCAGGGUUUAUUUCUUUCAUCUCAAAUGGUUGGAGAAGCAAUCAAGGGAUCCUUCCUGAAGUUUUGGCAUCUAAAGGCUAUAAAGUGCAGCCUCUCCCCCGCAUCCCCCGUUCUGAUACAGUUCAGGCCAUCCAGCUUGGAAGCCAUGAGCGUCUCCUUGCUUUCUGUGAGGCUGUUCAGAGAAGCUCUCCAGUAGGUUCGUAUACCAAACCAGUUGCAGGUGCCACUCCAGGAUAUGCAUCAGAGGUCUGCUCAGAUUUCUCUCCACAAUCUAGUAGCAAAUCUGUGAUCUUUGCUGAUGGAACCUUCAUUGAUGGGAGUACAAGUGAGCUUUCAUGUGAUGGACCACUUAGAGAGCCAUUUACUGUAUUUUGCCAGGGUGGCACCCAUUGGACUCAAUGGGGACUAGUCCUAUGAGAAGUUUUGAAAUCAUUAUGAUGGAAUAUAAUUUUCAAUCAGAAGUUUAUAGAAAAUCAGUGUGCAACAUUCAGAGCAUGACAUGAUUCAGAUUGGUACAAAUAUAAUGGUACACUAUAGGAAUUAUUUGUGGAAGGGAGCACCUACUAAAACUUAUUUUUGGAAUUGUGUUCCAGCGCAUGCAGGUUCUGAUAUAGUAUAUAAUUUUUAUUUUUUAUUUUUAUCUCAUUGGUAGAAUUGCUAGCUAGUGUUUAGCUGAUCACACCAUGUCUUCUGUUUGAACUUUGAAGCAAACUUCUUGGGAUGUUGAUACUUUGUAGUUUGUACUUGUCUGAUUUAUUUAAAUCUGAUCAAAAGUUGUAGAAGUUCAGUAUAAUACUUUUUUCA